GACAUACCGCCGGGCUGGCGGCCACGGGCAUAUCCAAUUCGUGAGUAUCGAGAAGCGCUGGAGAUAUGGAGUCGACUCACACGGUUGGAACAGUACUACGGACAAGGAAAAGGCUAUCGCAAAGGAAAUCGCAAAGGUAAAAGACGUGGCAACGGCAAAGGAUACGAUCGAGAUCGGCACCGAGGCUAUCAAGACAAUCGAGGAUCUCACGACCAUCAUCGACGCGAUGUUCCACGUUUCGGCAGAAGCGACUUCCAGCAGCGACAGCAGAAAGGCAAAGGACGUGGCAAGAAAGGAUAUCGAUCAAAAGGAAAAGGCUACGACCAACGACGACAGUUCUAUCAAGACACUGAUCGCGAAGACGACGCAUAUGGAAGCUACACGACUUUGCCGGCCAUCCAUGAACAUGAAGAACCAGAUUCAGGACGAGCCAGAGGAGCUUGCAGCAUUGCCAGCCUCUGGCAACCCGUUCAAGAACUUGGCGGUCAUCAGCGGAGUCAACGUCAUCGGCCUCAUCGUAGACCCUGGAGCAGAGUUGGCAGUUGCAAGGACCGAAUUCAAUUCGAUUCCAGAAAUGUUCUACGCGACCUACACUUGGCUACCGGUCAUCACGCCCGAGAACUACGACGCUUUCGAGGCAGCAAUGGCCAAAGAGUUACGAGAAUCAGAAAUGCCCAUGUUGAAGUUCAUGACCUCACACGCUGUCAAGAUCAAGCAGGACGGCCGAAGGAACAAGAAGGACACUACGUUGAUUUCGACUUUCUGUCUCAGUCAUUCUGUGAAGCGCUGCAGCUGCAAGAAGGAGCACAUACGUCUUCAAGGUUAUGAUAAGGAGACGCAUCGCAAGCGGACAGCAGCAGCAGCAAUGUUUUCACAGAAGUUCUGUACGGCACUCUGCAAGGACAUCUUGGCCCUGGAGUCCAAGGAACCAGGAAUCUCCUUCAACAAGUUCUCAAGAGCUUUCCCAGCAGCAGCAGAUGACGAGGCAGAAGAUGAAGCACCAUUAGCUCAGUUACCAGCACCAGCAGGACCUAAGUCCUUAGACGACCUCAUGGAAGAAUUCAAGGACAUCGACACCAAGAGCACCAAGAUCACGCUCGACACCUUCACGCCCACGGAAGCACAAUGGAUCAAGGCAGCGAUUCUUUCCAUCACCGAUUACACUAUGAGUUUCGGCGUUCCUGGGACACCUACCGGACGGAUUUUGAUGUUGCCUGGUACUGGUAGGCCACCACAGGCACGAGUUCUAUGUCAUGCUCUCAGCCAAGUUUACAUGACCAGGACUGUGACAUCUCAAUGCCAUAUGUCGGAAGCACACAAGUUUGACGAGACUGAGUUCAGCAAUCCUGAUGACUACAAAGAUUGCAUCAGAUUUCUAGGCAACAAGGACGGCCACUACCACAUGAGCGUAGUCAAGGAUUGGAGAAGCGCACCUGAAGACGACAUAGACACCACGACGACGAUCUACAUCAUCACUCUCCUCGGCGUUCACCUUUCGGACAUUAUACUCGACGCCAUCGAGAAGAUCGAGAUCAACGGCCGUGUCUUAUCACGGACGAAGCCCAACAUGGAACUUCGGGAGCUACCCAAGAAGUUGACUCAUGCCAACGAGAAGGAUCGUGCCGGACUACUGCGUCUACUUCAUGAACGCUUCUGGCACAAUUCUCCAUUGGACAUGAUGAAGUUGCUGCAAGCCAUGCUCUUACCUCAGGCUAUCUUUCUACAGGGCAUGGAGAUUUGCAAGGCUUGUGAAGUUUGUCAGCAAUGGGCUAAACGUCACAUACGACCUCAGAUUAAAUCGUUUCUGGCUACAGUGUUCAACGAGAUGGUACAGCACGAUUUGUUCUUCCUCUGGGAUGAAACGUUCAUGAUUCUUAUUGAUGAAGCUACUAAGUGGAAGACUGGCGACCACCUCAUCAACAAGACGGGCCCAGUCUUGGUGAAGGCGCUCAACUACCUUUGGAUACGCAUUUGGGGCGCGAUGCAGAACCUUCUCACUGAUCAGGAAGGAUUGGAUCUCAGUUACUCCGACAUCUGCUACGAGUGUUGCGCCGGCCACAAUUGCACUCUCAACUAUGGCGGCAGCACUCCACAGUUGGCCUUGACUGGACAACUACCGAGGAUGAUUGAGAUCGACAGCGAGACCAUCACGUCCAUGACGGGCGCCCUCGAGAAGCGUCCUGACUACAUGGAGUCUAUGUCACGAUCGGCAAUAGUCAAGCACCAGGGCCAGCCGCUUAUCAUUCCUCUACGACAUCUUCGGCGACACGUUCUCACCGAGCACUACAUCACGGAGCUCAACAAGAAAAAUGACAUGAGCAUCUUCUACAUACACUACGACCUGGUCAACCCUACGAUGGUCAAGGCAGCGGCUACCUUUCUGGCACCAUAUCAGAUAUAUGCCGAUGGAGUUUUGGUUCCUUCGGAAACGCUGUACGACCUGAUGGACUUAGUUGAUGGAUCUACGCCCACUAAGAUAUAUUGGUUUGGCUUGGUAUGGCAGCAAGAGCAGUAUCGAUAUGUUCCCAGUGAAGAAGCUUGCGAUUCAUGCAAGCCUUUGGCCCUGGGCAUCAAGAUAUUCAGCGAUACGUUUAAGCCUGUGCAUGGUAUCUUGUACGGCUCACAAGUACGCACGCCGCAGCUCAACGUCCCAGGCGACCAGACCAUCGACAGCGACGACGACAUGGAGGAGAUACCAGCUCAUGUCACCACCACGACCACCGACGACUUCUACGGGGAGAUAUCAACCAGGAGCUUCUUCAUCGUCAACGGACUUACCAGCGGCUACGCCGGGUACGUCCUCGACACAGGCAAUGAGGUGAUCGUUUUAGUCAUGACUGUUCAUGUGGACGACUUACAGAUCACUGGCAGCAGAUUCUAUCGCGAUUGGAUACACAAGAAGUUGGAACUAUUCAACGUUGUUUCUCUACAGACCAAGCUACAAAGUCCGACCAUCAAGGACCUCCUGGCGAUCAACGCAGUGAUCAAGAGACUCAAGAAAAAUCCCGAGAAGUUUGGCAUCUACUACAGGAAGCUCAAGGCACCACUACGGAUCUCUUGUAUUACGGACGCCUCUUCAGCCAACAAGAACAGCAAUUUCGCCACAGAAGGAGUCACGAUAG